AUGGGCCCAGUAUCGUUUAUUCUAGCUGCUAUUAUUUCCAGUGCGUAUGCAGAAUUUUCAGCGGUAGAUGUUGUUCAAGAUAUUUAUCAUUCUUGCAUUAGUAGUUUCUCGGUCCAUUGUGUAAAACCUAAAGCUUUGCAAUGGUUAGGUUCUGUUUCCGAUAAUGAAAAAAUAAAAAUUACAGAAGACUUACUUAUUGUGAAGAAUAAGAAUAGUGGUAAAGAGCGGGACUUCUCACAGGAGGAUAUUUUUGACAACUUUGAAAAUUUCUUGCAAAAUCACGAUUUAGUGGCUAAAGCUCCAUUAAUCCUCAGCCCAUCGGGACCGUUAGGAGCAUUAGUACCGAGAUCAUUUCAACCUGAAGAUAUCAGAGUUCCAUUAGCUGCCACAGGUCGAUCAUCAAAACUAGUCAAAAAAGUGAUCGUUCCAUUUUUAUUGGGUCUGAAAUUUAAGACAGCUAUCCUAGUACCCCUUGCAUUAGCAUUAAUUGCUUUAAAAACCUGGAAAGCUCUAACCUUGGGAUUAUUGUCUUUGGUUCUCACAGGAGCACUACUCAUUUUCAGACUCGCCAAACCUAAGGUUGUCAAUUAUGAGGUAAUUCAUUACCCUCAACAAAUUGAGCAUCAUGUGGAACAUCCUCCAACGACUGGAUGGGAGCAUCCGGGCUAUGGACGUCUCUUAACCGGAAAUGAAAUGGCUUACAAUAAUUACUUGAAUUAA